GAACCAUGCGGACCGCGUUCCACGGCUCAUUGUCCGAGACAUCACCUCGGAGAGCCGUUUCUGGCCCACACUUUCUGAAGGCAGCACAGCGCCGCCGAAGCGGCCCGUUUGGGGCGAUGGGCAAGCCUGGAGGGUGGAGCUAAGCUCUCGCAACGAGAGCAUCGUGCAGAACGACGGCUACGAGGUCAUCUUGACGAAUCCCACUGCGGAGAGCAUAGACUUCAGGGUGAUCUUUCACAUCGCAGUGCCCAAGAAGAUCACAGGCGUGGCUGCUGCGCUGCAGAAUCGGACCACGGAGCAGCCCUCAGG